CUCGUCCUCACGCUGCGCGCCGGCGCGGUCGGACUAAAUCUCUCUUGCGCCAACCACGUGGUGUUUGCUGCGCCUUGCCUCGAGACGUCGGUGCGCAAGCAGGCAAUCGGGCGGUGCCAUCGCAUGGGCCAGACGCGGCCCGUGACGGUGACCACGCUCGCCAUGGCCGGUACGCUGGAGGAG